AUGAGCAAAGGAAGUCGCGAAUUUGUUGUUGUUGAUGUCCUGCUGAUGGUCAGCACAAUUAUGCGUCCGCGCAGUGACCCGCUGUGCGUCAAUUCAAGGUGCACACUGCUACUAUUCGAUAUUACAGUGAGAACAACAGAAAAAAUUGUCGAAGGCCAAAUGUCGUUAGAGGAUAAAAUCAAAGCAUGUGCCGCAAAUGCAGGGUAA